AUGCGACCAGUGAUAGAAGAAGAAUGCGAGGGAAUCGAAUCUAAAGAAGAGCCAAGUCCUAAGAAUGCGGAGGUUAACGGAUACUUGGGAGAAAGUUUCAGUCAAUGGAACGCCCGGGAUGGAGGAAGGGAAGGGGAGGAUGGGGAGGUGGCCGAGGAGGCGGCAGCGGAGGAGGAGGGAGAGGAGGAAAAGGAGGAGGAUGGGGAGGAGGAAGAGGAGGAAGAGGACGAGGAAGAGGAGGAGGAAGAGGAGGAAGAGGAGGAGGAGGAGCAGGUGAAAGAGGUGGUUGAAAUGGGGGGUAAAAGUAGCGCGGGAGCGACGCGAUUGGGGUCUGUGGUUGCCAUUGGCGACAGGGGAGAAGGGACGUGGGGCGGCGACGCGGGUGAUGCGGGGGGAGGCUACCUGUGGACAGCAGGGGAUGGGAGGAGAGAAGGGGCUGAAGUUAAUUAUGGAAUUAGUGAUGAGACGAGCGAGGAAAUUGUGAGGGAGAGGGUGGAGGGGACGGAGGAGGAAGCGGGUGAGGAGGAAGGAAGUUCGGUGAUUGAGGGGAGUGGCUCUUGCAGUGGGAGGUCUGAGAGUGCGGAGAGGUCUGAGAGUGCGGAGAGGUCUGAGAGUGCAGGGAGGUCUCAGAGUGAGGAGUCUGAGAGUGACGGGAGGUCACCGAGUGAGAAGGAGUCUGAGAGUGAGGGGAGGCCUCGUACCACCGGCGGUCUGUCGCGUAUGGCGGAAGCGAUUCUGGAGUUCGAGCGGACCGUUAGCGAACAGGAGAAACAGCUCUUAGCGGAGCAAGAGGCAAGAGCAAACAGUGGGUCAGACUUGGACGGUCGGAUUGACUCCGAGGAGGAAAGGAUCAACGGUGUCGCAUCGCCAGAAGAAAUCAUCCCUGCAGCUGCAGCUCCCGCGAAGGCGCAAGCGACUGGAGAUGCGGUUACAGGGUUACCAGCAGCAGUCACAUCGGCAUCAGCAGCAGGUGCUGUCCUGAACUCGCCUGCGUCGGUUCUUCUAGAGCCCCAAGACUCGGUAUCAGGCAGCGAUAGCGCCCGCAGCUUUGUGCUUGAUGAUACGAGCUCGGAUAGCAUGGAAGCAGGAGGGGAGAGGGAGGACGGGGUGGUUUCUGUGAUUGUCACUUCUUCUACCAAUGCCGCUGCUGCUGCGGCUGCUGCGGCUGCUGCUGCUGCUGCUGCUGGUGGUGGUGAUUCUGGUGGUGCUGCUACCGCUCGUGCAGAAACUGCGUUGGCUCUUGUUAAGCAGCAGCUGCUGCAGCAAAGGGAGGGUUCAGCAUGGGAGCAGUCAGAGGAGGAGGAGGAGGAGGAGGAGGAGGAGGAGGAGGAGGAGGAGGAGGAGGAGGAGGAGGAGCGGAAGGGGCCCCUUGUCUUCUCUGCCAUGCCUGCUGCUGCCGUUAGCGCCAAACCUGCAAGUGAUUGUGCCAUAGGUACAUUCCAGAAGAGAUCACCUGCGGGCCCAAUCAUCAAGGCUUCCCUCACCUCCCCUGCUGCUGCCGCCGCCGCUGCUGCUGCUGCUGCUGCUGCCGCCGCUGCUGCUGCUAAUUCUGCUGCUCUACCCCCACUGGUACCAUCUCCCGUUCCCUCUUUCGCCUCCUCACUCCUAGCACCGGAUUCCAUCCCCCCUCCCGUCCCUCACCCCACCACCAUCCCACCCCACCUCCCACCCCGACCCACCCCCUCUCCCUCCUCCUUCCCCUCCCCUCACGCCCACCUCAAAGCCACAGACCCUCUCCUCCUCGCCCUCCCGAAUUCCAACGCUCCCCCGCCGCUCCUAGACGGAAUGGGGUCGGCGAUAGCGCUGCAGGGAGGGGGGUUCCUGGCUUCCAUGUCCGGGCAGCACUUUGGGGAGGGGGCCACGCGGCUGGUGAUGCAAUUCUCCCGCCCCAUGGUCAUCCCAUCGGAGUUAGCAUUGGGAGGAGGAUCGGCUGGAGACGCCUCGUCUAAGCUGCUCCCGCUCCCUUCUGGUGCUGCUAUUGGUGGAAACGCUCUUGGCGCCGCCGCUGGCGCUGCUGCUGCUGCUGCUUCUGCUGCUGGUGCUGAUCCCUCCUCCGUGCUCCCACUCUUGCAACGCCUAGCUGCGGCCUCUGCUGCGGAUCCCUCCGCCCCGUCCCUCACAGACCAAGUCCUGGCGCUCAUGCCCCUCCCAGACAUCAGUGGCAAGCCUCUAGAGCAAAUCGCAGCUGACGGAAUGGCUUAUCUCGAAGGAGGGUGGAACUGGGAGGGGGGAGUGGGAGGUUUGGGAGGUUCGGGAGGGUUGGGAGGAGUGGGAGGGUUGGCGGGAGGGGUUAGAGGGAGUUUGGAGGGGCAGGAGCCGGGACAGGCAGGAGGGUAUCUGCAAGGGAACCAGGGAGGCUAUCUGGAGGGACACCUGGGAGGAUGCCUGGAGGGCGGUUCAGGUGGUUCUUCAGGUGCUAUCAUCAGCCGUGGCAGCUCCUCCGCAGUCUCAGUCUCCCACUCUUCCUCUGCCCUCUCCUCCUCUGCGGCCUCUGCUCUGGCUGUGAGGCGGGCACAGGCAGCAGCAGCGUUGGCUCGCCUGCGGCGCCGGGGGCAGCACCUACUGAGCAACGGAGGAGGAGGUGGAGGGGGAGGAGGAGGGAAAAAGGAUCAACCUCUAGGGAAGUCUGAUGAUGUGGAGGAGGAGGAGGAGAUGGAUAGGGAGCUUAGACAGGCGCUUGCGCUGAUGGGCAAGAGCGGAGGGAACAUGGUUCUAGCUGGUAGGGGUGAUGCCACAGGUAGGGCUCUAGCUACGGGGAUGGGUGCAGCAGGGAACAAUAUGGUUCCUGGUAAGGCUGGGAUGGGAACUGGAACCCUGGCUGGUGCUUUUGAGGGAGUGGGAGUGGGAGAGGGAGAGGAGGAUGAGUAUGUGGGUUUGGGGGAACUGGGGGCGUUGGCUGUGGAGCAGAUUGAAGCUUUGCUGGUGGAGGGGUUGAGAGUGCAGAACGAUCAGAGCGAGUUGCAGGCGCCAGGGGCUAUUACUCUGGGGGAUUCCGGGCAGUUGGGGUACUGUGCGGGUUACCCUGCGGGUUACGUGACUGGCGGGUCGAGGGGUGUUCUGGGCGGUGCUGGUUACCAGGAUAAUGAUAACCAGAUUGCUGGUAACCAGACUGGUGGUUACAACGGGGGACGUGGGCAUGGGGGGUUGCUUGGGGCGGCGCUGACAGUGGAGGAGUGGCAGCAGCUGGAUGCAGGGGUGUGGGAUGCGGUGGAGUCCGAUAGAGAUGCUCUGGAGGUGCUGCGAGCACACUGCAAGGCUCAUGGGAUUGCAGGGCUGCUGGAGGGGAGCGAGGGGGACGAGGGGAAGCAGAAGGUGCUGCGCGGUGCAGAUGGGUUUGGAGGCCAGUUGGUGCCUGCAGGGGGUGUGGAGGCAGGGUGUUUGACCGUAGGAGGCUGGGAGGGUGAGUCUAGGCAGAUGGUGGGAGGCUUUGGAAGGGGAAUGGGGUUGACAGCAGGCCAAGGGAACACUGUAUCAGGGGGUCUGGUGGGUAACAGUGUCACAGGGGGUGUGGGUGGUAACCCUGUAACAGGGGGUAUGUUAGCCAGCCCAGCACAGACAGCGCUACAGCCGUGGCAUGCCACCAGCCCAGCACAGACGGCGCUACAGCCGUGGCAUGCCACCAGCCCAGCACAGACAGCGCUACAGCCGUGGCAUGCCACCAGCCCAGCACAGACGGCGCUACAGCCGUGGCAUGCCACCAGCUCAGCACAGGCGGCGCUACAGCCGUGGAUUGACGCCACAGGCACAGGCCGCCGCAGCCAAAUUACCUCCGCUGCUCCCUCUCAUCCAUCUGCUGCCCCACCCCCAACAUUCCCCCCCACUGCCCCGCCCCGAUUCAAGCUCAAAGCAGUGCAUGUCGCAGGGCUAAAAGCAGAAGAGGCACCAGGGAGGGGGUGGGGGUCGCAGAAGCAAGCACAGUCUGGGGGGAGGUGGCUGGCGGCAAACGGCAUGGGGAAGAAGCAACAGGGGAAGAGCGGUGGUGGGAGUGGGGUGUUUGGGAGGCAUGCGAAGCCGGCUAAGGUGACGGUUCAGCCUGGGGAUACCCUGUGGAGUCUUUCCCAGAAGGUUCAUGGGAGUGGGAUGAAGUGGACGGAAGUGGUGAAGCUGAACCCGCAGAUUCGGAACCCGGACCUGAUCCUGCCGAGCCAGAAGAUUCGGAUGCGGAGGUGA